AAUAACUUGUCUUUUCUGGCAACUGCCAAUGAAGUAUGAGAUAGCUGGCACUAGUUAUGUUUUCAAUUGACUCUGACUAGUGCUGUUUUUCCUUGUUAUCUUUCAAAAUAGGUCAGUUUCUGCACUAUUUAUGAGAUCAUAAUAUCCUGCAGUUCAGUUUCUGGAGAGCUUUCCUGAUUUACUUUCUACUCUUACAAGACAAACGGUACUUCUUGUAUUUCUGACAAAGAUUUCAGGAUCUGGACUACUGUGGAAGAAGUUUCCAGUAAGGCUCAACCAUAACUUGAGAGAUGGUGAAUGAAUACAAGAAAAUCAUUCUACUGAAAGGAUUAGAGGCCAUCAAUGAUUAUCAGUUUAACACAGUUAAGUCUUUACUAGCCCAUGAUUUGCAACUGACUAAAAAAAUGCAAGAUGAAUAUAACAGAAUUAAGAUUGCAGACUUGAUGGAAGAAAAGUUCCGAGGAGCUGCCUGUGUGGACAAACUAAUAGAAUUAUUCAAAGAUAUGCCACAACUUAAAGACCUUGUUAAAACGCUUAAAUUAGAGAAAUCAAAAGUUGCAAAGAAAAUCAAAGCAAAAGAAACAACUCCUAUGAGAAAGAGCAGUCAGGCAGAAGCGGAUUCAGCUACACCUGCACCCACCACAAGUAAUAAUGUGACAUCUGAAAGAGUGGAGGAAACUCCUGGGGGCCAGAAAAGGAAAAACACAACCAAAGAGAAGUCUGGAAUCAAAAGGAGUAAGGUUUCCCAGGGACAGAGUCAGCCUCCCUGUCCUUCUGGAGCCAGCACAUCCGCCACCUUGGGUCACCCUGCACCUCUCCAGAUCUCGUCAUCAACUCCACCAUCCACUUCCUUACCCGAGAACCAGAGACCACAGGCCCAACAUCAGGCAGCUGCCAAAAGAAAUAUUCUUCAAAAGACCCCACUUAUAGUGAUGGUACUGAAAGCAGCAGAGCCAUUUGAAUUUGAGUCUCCGGAAAAGAGUAAAAACAUGAUGUUUCAUGCUACGGUGGCUACAGAGAAUAAAUUCUUCCAAGUGAAGGUUUUCAACACCAACCUGAAGGAGAAAUUUAUCCCAAAGAGAGUCAUUGUCAUAACAGAUUAUUCUGAAUGCAAAGGAAUACUGGAAAUAAAGGAAGCAUCAUCUGUAUCUGAAGCUGGUCCUGCUCAAAAGAUUGAGGUCCCAACCAGAAUUAUCAAAAGAGCAAAUGAAACUCCCAAAAUUGAUAAUCUUCAAAAGCAAGCAUCAGGAACAUUAGUGUAUGGGUUGUUUAUGUUACAUAAGAAAACAGUGAAUAAGAAGAACACGAUCUAUGAAAUACAGGAUGAUACAGGAAAGAUGGAUGUAGUGGGGAACGGAAAAUGGUACAACAUCAAAUGUGAGGAAGGAGAUAAGCUUCGACUCUUCUGCUUACAACUGAGAACAAUUGACCACAAGCUGAAACUGACAUGUGGGAUUCACAGUUUCAUCCAGGUCAUCAAAACCAAGAAAAAUAACAAAGGACCGAUUAAUUUUAAUUUAAAUCUGGAAGUUGAAGUAAGGAACCCCUUUCCCAGUCAAUUAAGUGGCAUUAAUAGUGAUUUUGUUAAAGUUGAGACUUCCAUUUAAAAAAAAGAUUUACUAGAAAUAUCACAGCACAUUAAAAGUUUUUUAUGAGUUGUGAAUUAAGUUGCUUUCUUUUAUGAAAUUUUAUUCUUACACCUUCUGGAUUUUCUAAGAGCUCUACCGUUUGCAUCUAUAACGGAUAUAAUGUAAAAAAAAGUUUUCUUUAUUAAAGGACAUUUUUCUUCAGAAGUACUAGAUAUAACACAGUAGCAAGUUGCAUAAGCGUGGUUGAUUUGUGUGUUGUGAGGCACAAAUAAUGGGACACGCAGGACCUUAUCAACAUUAGGGUCUACAUUCUGAAUGGGAUUUCUAGAGAAUAAGUCACAACCUAGACUCUGCCUAGGUUAGGCAGAUUGAUCCAACAGUCCAUGCUCAAAUUAUCAAGCCAUGUAAUCUGUGGAAGGGUUGCACUGGUCCAGGGGAAAGUAAUCCUUUUGCACACAUAUUCCUCAGAAGGGGAAUGUUUGGGUAAUUAUCUCUCUAGAGGGGGUUAUGUUGGUAAUGUUCACAAAGCUACUAAUAUGUGCAAGAAGCUUCCCUAUGACUGCUUGGUGUGGAACAUCUGGCUACGUUCAUUUAACCUAGUAGAUCAUCUCCUUAUUAGUUCUCCAACUAUAUUUUCUUCUUACAGUUUGUAUGUGUGAAUUCCAGAGCAAAGU